AUGAGCACAAGCACGGCGUCACAGAUAGCUCGAAGAGGGGCAAGGUUUGCCGAUAAAGUACGCAAUGCCUCUGUUUCUGUCAAGCCGGAGGUGGAACAUGGCAGGCAAAUAUUCGUCUACAGCCAUCUCCAGACGAAGCAGGUGGUCUACUCCCUGAAGCAGAACGUAAAGAACAACAAAGCUCUGCGUCAACUCCCAUACAACGGCAAGAAAACCGUCCCAGCCGCCCUACGAAAAGAUCUCUGGUCCCCUCUCGCGCGCAUUGAGUUCCCAGCAGGCCACUCCGCCGCAGGCCUCAAUGCAUUCCGCAUGCUCCGCGAAUACCGAACACUACACGAGACACAAUGGCCCAAAGAGCUCGCCCUGGACGACAAGGGAAGGACGCUGAGCAGGAAGCUGAGAGGCCGCAAGCUUUGCGACCAACGCGCAAACAGCAUUGCUGAUAUUUCGGCGACGUUGGGAAAGGUGUCUAAGGUUGAGAAGGAGGUGGGGGAUAAGGCUGAGAAGGGGGUGGAGCAGAUUUCGACGACGGUGAGGUGGUCGGAUAUUUUGGAUGCGGAGUAUGCGGCGAGUUGGCCUGAGUCGGUGGUGCAUGAUAACUGGGAGACGACAAGGAAUAACAGGAGGGCAAUUGAGGAGUUCCCGGAAGAAUACUAG